UCUGUUUACUUCCGGUUAGGGUUUUCGACCUUGCUGUAUGAAGCAGCUGGAUCAGUACUGAUCAUUAUUAAAUAAAGUUAUGGGACUGAUUUGGUUUUGCUGGACUGCUGCCUUUUUCUACCAGCAGGUUUGGGCUGCACCAAGAAGUGUGGGCUGUAGAGAAAGAGAGGAUAUGAGUAAAUUCUGGCAUAUCUCAGACCUGCACAUCGAUCCUACUUACCAUGUCACGGAAGAUCGCACCAAAGUGUGCUACUCCUCAAAGGGCUUUCCUGCGUCCGACCCUGGAGUUUUUGGAGAUUACAUGUGCGACUCUCCCUACAAGCUAAUUCUGUCUGCCUUCAGCUACAUGAAAAGUGUCGACCCGGAGCCUGAAUUUAUCAUAUGGACUGGAGACAGCCCUCCACAUGUUCCAGCAGACAAGCUGUCCACUGAUACUGUGAUUAACAUGAUCAGCAAUAUGACACACACCAUACGCCAGUUCUUCCCUCAGCUGCCGGUGUACCCUGCCCUGGGCAACCAUGACUACUGGCCACAGGAUCAACUUCCUCCGAACCAAGACGAUAUUUACCAGGCCGCAGCCAGAAUUUGGUCUCCAUGGCUAAAAAAAGACGCCCUCACCACUCUGCGUAAAGGUGGAUUUUAUUCUCAGCUUAUAAAACCUGGACUCCGGCUGGUGAGCCUAAACACAAACCUUUACUACAGUCCCAACAAGGUAACAGUGAACAUGUCCGACCCAGCUGGACAGUAUCAGUGGCUGCAGGACACGCUAGAGCUUUCCAAGCAGAGCAUGGAGAAGGUCUACGUGAUUGCUCACGUCCCAGUAGGAUACUUGCCCUUCGCUAAAAGCACCACAGCCAUGAGGGAGGGUGACAAUGAAAAGCUUGUGGAGAUAUUUCGUAACUACAGUGACGUCAUUCAGGGACAAUUUUACGGUCACACUCAUCGAGACAGCAUGAUGGUUCUUCUGGAUUAUACCGGGAAACCUGUUAACUCCAUCUUUGUGACGCCGGCCGUGACUCCAUACAGAAGUGUUCUGGAGAAAUAUUCAAAUAACCCUGGCGUCCGUAUGUACCUGUACAACUCUGAGGACUAUGGCUUACAGGAUCUUUGGCAGUACUACUUGAAUCUCACAGAAGCAAAUCAGCAAGAAAAGCCCACUUGGAGACUUGAGUACAUGAUGACCAAAGCUUUUGGUAUGAAGGACAUUCGGCCAGAAAGCCUACACGAACUCGCAUUGAAGUUCGAGGCACCGGGAAGCAAAGAAUUUCAGCAGUACUACACUAAUUACAUGGUCAGUUACAAUGACACCAUCACUUGUACAGAGGAGUGUAAAACAGUGCAGGUCUGUUCUGUGCACUUUUUAGACCACAAGUCCUAUUCGGAGUGUGUGCAAAAGGUGAAAGGCAGGGACUUUAAAUUGUAAAAGCCUUUUUAGAGGUUGUAUUAAAUUAACUUGCUGUAAAGGGAACAGAUUUUAUCCUUUCUGCUAGUAAAGGGAGUGAAUUCUUUUUUUCAGGUAUUCUUAAAAAAAAAAAAAAAAGGGAGAGAAAUUAAAUGAAACACAAGGGAUACACGCUAGGAUUUAUUACCAUUAAAGACUUGAACCAAACCAGUAAUGUGAAUGAGAAAUAUAUUUCUUUUUUUUUCUUGUUAGUUGAUUAUUUAAGAAAAAUUAAAUUAAAUAUGCAUAUAAUUAUAAUUUUUUUUUGCUUUUUUUUUUUUAAGGAUUAUUAUAGUCAAAUGCUGCACAACCUAUUUUAAAUUAAAUAAUAGAUUUACAUUUUUUAUCAAAAUGGAAUAAAAAAGUUUUCAAAAAUUCAGGAAAGGGGUUCAUUUUAUCAACAUUAACUUGUUUCAUGGGCAUUUAUUGUACAAUAAAAAAAUUCACUGUUGAAAGUGCA